AUGCUUGGGACUCCACCCCUCUCUCCUCGGUCGGCCGCCACCGCCGCUGCCGAUGGCAAAGCCACCAUCGCCAAGACCCAGGCCGCCGCCGCCGCCAAGGCCAAGGCCGCUGACGCCAAGGCCGCCGCCGCCGCCGCCAAGGCAAAGGCCUCCGACGCCGAUGCCGCUGCGCGCGAUGCUGCCCUAGCAUGCGCCGCCGCUGCCGAAGAGGAGGCCUGCGCCGCCAUCCAGGAGUGCGAAGCCAUCGAGAAGCGUGUUCGGGAUGCCCUCGCGCGCGCCGCCGCCGCCGCCGCCGCCGCCGCCGCCGCUCCUGACGACGGCGAUCCCCCCUCCGAUGAGGAGGAGUCGGCCUCCGACGUCUCCGAUCCCCGCGAUCUCCGCUAG